UUGACCCUUGCAUGACCCAAUUAAUUAGUGAUCAUCGCCUUACUAUAUACUGUGAUCGUGAUCGAACUGCUGGAUCAAACUACCACACCACCUUAGAACUAUUUAUUUAUUAUCCCCAGCAAGCAGGAUGUUGCUCCAAGCUACUAGAAGUUUAUUGAGACUCAGAGUCUACCAACCAGCCAAGUUGAGAAUGGCCACCAUAGGAAGUCGAUAUCUUACCACAACAGGUGUGAGCAUAAAGACCCUCUCGCCGGACAUUCAGAGCUUUGUGGAAGUUCAGGCAAAGCUGUGCAAGCCGGACCAGAUCCACGUCUGUGAUGGCAGUGAAGAGGAAAGCAAGGCCAUCCUGGAGCACCUUAUGAAGGACGGUCGCCUCGAGAAGCUACCAAAAUAUAACAACUGCUACUACGCUCAGACCGCCCCCGCAGACACGGCUAGGGUGGAGAAGCAGACAUUUGUGUGUACGAGUAAGAAGAGUGAUGCUGUACCUGACACCAAGCCGGGGGUAGUCUCCACUCUGGGUAACUGGAUGGACCCUCCCGAGAUGGACAAGCAACUGGACGAGAAGUUUGAUGGCUGCAUGCAAGGUCGCACCAUGUACGUGAUCCCGUACAGUAUGGGUCCCAUUGGCUCCCCCCUCUCCAAGAUCGGUAUACAGCUCACCGACUCCGAGUACGUAGUGGCUUCGAUGAACGUCAUGACACGAAUCGGGAAAAAGGUAAUCGACACCCUCGGAAAAGACGAGUUUGUGAAGUGCGUUCACUCUGUGGGUUACCCUUUGAAGUCUGGAGAGAAGGAUGUGCCAUGGCCCUGCAAUCCUGGCAAGCUUGCCGUGGUUCAGUAUCCAGAGAGAAAUGAGAUCCGAUCGUUUGGGAGUGGAUAUGGUGGAAACUCGUUGCUGGGGAAGAAGUGUUUUGCUCUGAGAAUUGCCUCCACCAUUGCCAAGAGAGAAGGAUGGCUGGCAGAGCAUAUGCUGAUCCUUGCCUUGACGAACCCUGAAGGCAAGAAGCGCUACAUUGCCGGUGCUUUCCCCAGUGCCUGUGGCAAGACCAACCUCGCCAUGCUCACCCCUACCAUCCCCGGCUGGAAGGCGGAGUGUGUAGGAGAUGACAUCGCUUGGAUGAGAUUCGACGACGAUGGGAAACUGCGUGCUAUCAAUCCAGAGUACGGUUUUUUCGGUGUGGCUCCUGGUACAAACAAAAAGUCAAACCCGAAUGCAAUGAAGACUGUAUUCCAUAACACUGUCUUCACGAAUACUGCCAAGACUAGCGACGGUGGUGUAUGGUGGGAAGGUAUGGAAGCUUGUGCUAAUGAUGUCAAAGUCACCACAUGGCAAGGCAAAGAAAACUGGCAAGACCUUUCACCAGAAGAGAGAAGAGAUACACCGGCUGCUCACCCAAAUUCUCGUUUCUGUGCUCCCAUAAAACAGUACCCCCUUCUUGACGAAAAUUGGGAGAGCCCUGAUGGAGUACCAAUUGACGCCAUUUUCUUUGGUGGGAGACGACCCGAUACUAUCCCUCUCAUCUAUGAAUCCUCCUCCUGGACACACGGAGUUUUUGUUGGUGCUCAAAUGAAAUCCGAAGCUACAGCUGCUGCUGCCGAUAUGAAAUCAAAGUCUGUUCUUCACGAUCCAUUUGCAAUGAGACCAUUCUUUGGCUACAGUUUCGUACAGUAUCUCGAACAUUGGCUGAGUCUUCAAGAUCGCCCUGGGGCCAAGCUACCCAAAAUCUUCCACGUAAACUGGUUCCGAAAAGAUAGCAAUGGAAAAUUCAUCUGGCCUGGUUUUGGUGAAAAUCUUCGAGUAAUUGACUGGGCACUCAGAAGAUGUGAUGGUGAGGAUAUUGCUGACCCAUCCCCCCUAGGCCUGAUUCCAAAACCCGGCACACUCAACGUAGACGAGCUUUCUGGCGUCGACAUGGAAGCACUUUUUAAGCAAAACAAGACCGAACUUGAGGAAGAUGUUAAAGACACUCAAAUGUACUUUGAUCGAGAGUUGCCGGGUCAGUUGCCUGCUCCUCUUCAAGCUGAGCUUGAUGCUCUAAAGGAUAGAAUCUCGAAAAUGUGACUGACAUAAACUCAGAUCUAGUUCUAUAGGGUGUGGUCAUAGUUAGUCUGGACAUUGUGCACUUUCUCUUGUAUAACUGCACAUCCAUUAAAUUAUUUUAUAUUGAGUAUAAUUAUAAAACUACUUGUUAUCGUG